CGCAUUCCCUUUUGAAUUCUUAAUAAGUAUUUAAGGGUCAGGAAUCAAAGUUGAAUUGGACAUCGUGAGUUUGGUACCAACAACAACAACAACAAUGGGAUUCUGGGGGAUUGAAGUUAAGCCCGGGAAGCCAUAUCCUUAUCAUGCAGACAACAUCCAGGGAAAGCUUCAUGUCACUCACGCUACACUAGGCAUUGGUUCAUCCAAUGAGAAAACCAUUCUUCAGUGCUCUUCUGGACACAAAAGUCCAAUUUUCUUGUGUUCAUUGCUACCGAAUAAGAUUGAGUCUUGCCCCUUGAAUCUUGAGUUUGGUGAUGAUGACUUAGUGGCUUUCUCCGUCAUUGGACCACAAAGCAUCCAUCUUUCUGGUUAUUUUGUCGCAGAUGAUGGGGAUGACCUUAGGGACGACUAUGAAUAUGAUUCAUUCCCAGAGGAUGUUGAGGGAGAUACAGAGGAUUCAUCUGAUUAUGAUACUGAAGGUGAAUAUGAUGAUGACUACACAGAUGAUAGUGAUAUGGAAAUUUACCGAUCUUCGCCUGUCCCAAAUAGUGGAGUUAGAAUUGAGGAAAUAGUGGACGAUGAAAUGCCUGAAAAUGAAGAAGAUCCAGAUCAGAAAUUGAAGAAAAAGAAACAGGAAGCUCAGAUGAAAGAGAAAGUUAACAAAAUGUCUCCAAUUAGGGGUGAGACUGGCCAUCCUGUUUCGGAAAGUGAAGAAGAUGAUAUGGAAAGUGAAGAUGAGGAUGGUUUUCCAAUUUCUGCUGCUGAGAAAGUUAAAUUUGAAGUUAAAGGAAACAAUGCACAUAAGACAGCUGAGGAGGCUGGCAAAAAUGCAGAAGAUGUUAAUAAUUCUCCAAGCUUAAAACGGAAAGUCGAAAGUGCCGAUGGAGAUGAACCGCAGCAGCAAGACAGGAAAAAGAAGAAGAAAAAGAACAAGUUGAAAGAACCUGGUAAAGGGGAAAGUGCUCAGGCACCUGGCAAAAGCAUGAUGACUGCUACACCAGAUGAAAAACAUCCAGAGGAGAAGGAAGUUAAGACUACAGAAGUGCAUGAUGAAAAACCAUCCAAUGAGGAGCUUGUUGAGAAGAAAAAGAAAAACAAAAAGAAGAACAAGGCUAAAGAGUCCCAUGGAGGAGAAGCAACUCCAAGUCAAAUUGAUAAACCUGUUGAAAAUAAGUUGUCUGCCUCAGAGAAAAAAGGAAAGAAACAAGAGACAGAAGCGAAGCCAUCUCAAGUGAGAACCUUUCCAAAUGGGUUGGUUAUUGAGGAGAUAUCUAUGGGUAAGCCAGAUGGCAAAAGAGCAGCUCCUGGAAAGAAGGUCAGUGUUAAAUAUAUUGGCAAGCUGCAGAAAAAUGGGAAAAUAUUUGACUCGAAUGUUGGAAGGGCACCCUUUAAAUUUCACCUUGGUGUAGGACAAGUCAUUAAGGGAUGGGAUAUUGGUGUCAAUGGGAUGAGGGUUGGGGACAAAAGAAGAAUCACAGUUCCACCAUCUAUGGGAUACGGUGACAGACGGGUUGGAAGUAUACCACCAAAUUCGUGGCUUGUGUUUGAUGUUGAGUUAAUUAAUGUUGAUCGCUGACUUCAACUUUUUGGUCCUUCAUAUUCAAUCUUCUCAGACUGGGAGAAACAUUAAGUUACACAUGAUACAUUCAUCUCGAGAGUUUUAGCAUUAGAGCACAAUUUUGUAGGAAAUUUUGGAUUCAUAAGAAGGAUUUAAUUUUUGUUUUAAUAUAAAGUAAGGAGAUUCAAGACCAAAUAUAAUGAAAGAAAAGGAUUGUGAAAAUUGUGGCAAAUGAUAUGUAUUAUUACAUUUAAUUAAUCAACUACUUUUUA